AUGAGAGCGCCAUUAUCUCAUGCGUCAUCGAGCUCUCAAAUUAAUAGAGCAGACGACGUCUCAGACAGAUUUUGGGGUAAACCCAGCGCUGAUCCAACUCUUACAAAAACGGGAAAACAACGACAGAUUCUGUGGGAACUCGACCUGGCGAGGAAGAAAAGAAAGAUAGAGGAACACGAAAUAAAGGAAUCUAAUAAGGAAUACGGCGAAAAAGAACUUAAACUUAGACCAAGAUUUGUUCGCGGUUUGCAAGAUGAAGUCUUCGAGCACAUUGAUGAAAAGAACGGAGAAAACGCGUCGGGGAAGAAACUCGUUUGCUGGUCGUUUGAAAAUUUCCACCUGAAAAGAAAGUUUUGCGCAGCUACCCGCGAGAAGUUCUGGGAGUAUUACUCCAUUUUGAAGGAAAACGAACGACAUCACUACGAGAUUAUACGCGAAAUGGAACCUUGUCAUCUAUAUUUUGACCUCGAGUUCAAUAGAGACGCUAAUGCAGACGUUGAUGGAGUAAAAUCUACAGACGCUUUACUGGAUUUGAUAAAAGAAGAGCUGUACGAAAAGCAUAACAUCGAGAUAGCACUGAAUGAACACGUAGUCGAACUAGAAAGCAAAAUCACCGAAAGCAUCAAAGCGUCAACAGAAGAGGGACAGAAUACCAAUAGGAAAUUUUCGCGGCAUGUUAUCAUAAGACUGCCAGGAGCAGCGUUCAAAUCGAAUAUUCACGUUGGAAAGUUUGUCAAAGAUUUCUGGAAUUCCGUUCGCGAAAGACGCGCGAGUGAUGAUAGAUGUGAGAAACUCUUCAUUCGGAAAGAGCAAAGUGAAACUGAGCGUGAGAAUUCAAUUAUCGAUUUAGGAGUGUACACUCGAAACAGAGCUUUUCGGUUAUUUUUAUCGAGCAAAGCAAAGAAGAAAGAAGUACUACGGUGCACCGGGAGAUUUUGGACACAUUUGAAACAGCGCGAAAUCUUUUAUCGUUCGUUGGUUACAAACAUAGACAAAGAUCAGCGGAAGAAAUUGAUUGAAUACGAAGACGUGACGGUUUCUCUUUCGCAAAAGAGCAAUAGUUGUGCAAACGCAUUCUCUGGGUACGGAUAUCGGAGAGAUUCACUUUCUCAAAAUUCUAGUAAGCAUAGAAUACCUCCUCCUCCGUGUGCUGAACUGGUGGACUUUGUGCUCAACGAUUUCGAUGGCUGGAGUGAUGCCAAGAUGAAUAAAGCUGCUGUGCGCUCCUGGGUGGCUUUUCCAGAUCAUGAUACGUUGAUCUUAAAUCUAGUAGGAAAUCGUUAUUGCGAAAAUAUCAAACGUCAGCACAAAUCUAAUAACGUCAUGUUGAUUAUGGAUUUUCAGCGUGGUGUGUAUCAUCAGAAAUGCCACGACCCAGAUUGCAAAGGGAUGAAUCCGCAGUUACGCGAACUUCCUGUGGAUAUGCUGCAAAGUGCAAUCAAAAGCGGUCGUGCGCUUCCAUUUGAGCGGGAGGAGCCAAGAUGUGAAAGCGAUGACGAGGAAUUCUGGCAGAGAGCCGCCUCGGCUGCGGAGAAGUUGUGGUAG